CCUACCGGGCUGACCAUUAAUUGAUCGGCGACCGAGGUGACAUGGGCAGUGCGUUCGCGCGCGAUGUCGAUGGACCGCGUGCUGGCGGGAAAUGACCCGGUCGGUCGAGCCGGCGCCCCGGUUAUCCCAUCAGCGAGGACCAAGUUCACUGCUGGCCUGCUGAUCAUCUGCACGGCUGCACUGCUGCUGCUGACAUCUGACGCCGGCAGCAGAUGGCGUCCGCAGCUCCCGCUCCCAGGUCCCCGCCGCGCCGCCACCGACCAGCCGGCCGGCCAGCACGGCAUUGCCCGUAUGGUCGUGUGGCGACAACUGAUUAAGACUACUGGAGCCAACCGGACGACCGCGUCUCGCCUGGUCGUGUACAACCGGGUGGACAAGUGCGGCAGCACUACAAUGAACAGGCUCCUGACCAGGUUAAGUAGCUGGAAGCGAAGGUUCUCGAAGCAGUCGUCCACACAGUAUUGGAAGCGAUAUCUUAGCCAACAAGGUCAAGCGAAUUUCGUGGAGCUCCUAACCCGUAUGGCUGCAGAGAAACCUCUGAUAUACGACCGUCACGUUAGCUACAUUGACUUCACACGUUUCAACAGAUCACAGCCCAUCUACGUCAACUUGAUCCGGGACCCCGUUGAGCGGUUCAUAUCGCUGUUUUAUUUUCUGCGGAUGCCACGGAGACGCAGGGGCAGAGGUCAUACAGCAGAUCUCGGCUGGCUGCACAAGAACCUGACCGCUUGCGUACGCGGAAACGACCCGGAGUGCUCCAUCUCCUCCCAAUACCGCCAUCCCGGCCCGUUCGGCGACGAGUUCUUCCAGCCGAUGACGUCAUUCUUCUGCGGGCACGAACCCCUCUGCAGGGAAUUCAACGACAGAAAAGCCCUGCAGAAGGCAUUGCAAAACCUGGAAACCAAUUAUGCAGUCGUCGGAAUCCUCGAGUCUUUUAGUCAAUCCUUGCAUGUGUUCGAAAAAUAUGUACCAUACUUCUUCCAAAACAUCGUGAAGAUCACGCGUCGUGCAGUGCGGAAACAGAACAGGAACGACGGGCGACCCUGGACAUCGCCGGCGGUGAAGGCUGUCCUGGCCGGCCGGCUGUGGGCCGACGUGGAGCUGUACAGCUUCGCGAGCCAGCGCCUCUACCUGCAGUACCGCAGGAUCGGCGGCUCACUGCAGGCUGCUCGGCCGGAGCAGCGCUGGCAGUAGCGACGGCAAGCACUUCACCAGUGACGCAGUCUGGGCGAUGUGGUCAAAAAGUCAAUACCGACUGUGUCGCGGACUUUGUUCUGCCUGAGUCCGGCCGCGUCCUAGCGAGAAUUUAUGGACCGGUCUGCACUGCUCCACUAAGUGUCAGUGCUGCUUUUUGUCAUGAACCCCUACAGUUGUUUUCCUAUUUUUUGUUUUUUUUCGAGACGUGGCUCGACCGCGCUGCAGCACUCCGUUCCUAAUGUGCGUACAACUAUACGAGCCUAUGUGCGUCAGCGGAUGGGGCAGAUAUUUCCGGUCACGUAUUGAAGAGUGAUGGUUAGGCCAGGAAGAAAAACUUUGCUCUUGACCGUACUACGCACUGUGGGAUCGCGGCGAUCCUUUGGUUUCUCUUGAUGGUUCGGCAAUGCUUGUUUCAGGCUGGUGACAAUGAGGCGAGAUUCAACUAAGAAUGGUGCACAUUUUGAAGCUGUGUGCUGCAGCAUGAGUACGUUUUGCCCUCUGGCCUUUUAAGUCAUCUAAUUUGUCCUGUCGCGACAGCCCAGUUGGUUGGACGCCCGCGUUCCGGUCCACCCGCGGCGGGAUGGGUUCGGGCCACUCUGGGUGCUUACUAUUUGCUCUUGACUGUGGUGGCAGGUGGUAGCGGCUGCUUUAGCCCAGGUGACGUCAGAGGACAAGACCGACCGUUCCAUCAAUGCAGUUCGUUCAACAUCUGCUACCUAUUCCUGUUGUUAACCUGGAAUUUUGUGACCAGAUAUAAUUUACGGCGUAAUGGGCAACACAAUUAAUAUAUAAGAGGGUAACUUGCAACAAUAUUAUUUCGUAAGCUAAGAACCCUUUGAAGUUGCCAAAACGACCCCCAACAGGCAAAAUAUGCGUAUGUCAAUAUGCGUAUACAUAUACCACGCAUGUACCACCGUGACCGCAGGGCAACUCGACUGGCCGGGGCCUAGCUCCCUUGCAGUUUUUUUAAAUCACUUUUGGGAGGUUUGAGGUGAGCGUAGGAGUUUUGGGCCCUU